ACUUGAGACCCGAGCCGUUCCGGCUCUUUAGUUGGCUUGGUCAUUUCUACAGACAGGUUGCAGGCUUGGGAUACAACUUCCUUCUCGUGAGCUCUACGUCGUUCUUGGCGAUGGAUCCAUCGCACUCCGACAGCGACGCCCAGAAGAUGGACAUGGAUGCGGUGGAGCAGGCUCGAGAAAGCGAAUUCCUUACCCUCUCCCUUCCACCUCUCGCCGAGGAUGACCCGUUCUUUGCAGAGAAGAAGAGGUUAUUGAAUGCUAGAGAACUAAAAUUUAAGUUUCUGGUGCCACUGCAUUCAUCUGCGGAAGAGGUGCUCCAAAUAGCAGAUCAAAUGGUUCAAACUGCAAGAAUAUCGUGCAUGAAUGAGAAAGAACUCUAUUUUGCUGGAGAUGAUGAUAUUGGUCCUUUCAGUCCUAGAAAUGAAAUAGAGUCCCUUAACUUGAUGCUUGCAAUUGUAAGCUCCUCGAUUUCAAAUGUCAAGGACAAGGCUGUGGAAGUUCUUCAACUGUUACGUGAUUCAACUAUUGCCAUGGUCAAAUCUGUGGGUGAUAGCAACAUUCAUAAAAUGACUGCUACAAAAUUCGGUACUGAUUCUGAAGAGUUGCUAUUGAAGUGGGGGAAAGAUCAUGGUGUCAGAACAAAGUUGAAGAUAGCUUAUUUUGAGGAAGCUGGAAGAGGAGCAGUGGCAUCAGAAGAUAUGAGCAUUGGGGACAUUGCUUUAGAAAUUCCAGUCUCUCUUAUCAUAUCCGAGGACCUUGUUUAUAAUUCUGAUAUGUUUGAUGUAUUGAAGAAUUUGGAUGCUAUUACCUCUGAUACUAUGCUGUUGUUGUGGAGCAUGAGAGAGAGAUUUAAUCCAAAUUCAAAAUUCAAGAUUUAUUUUGACACAUUGCCUGAAAAUUUUAAUACAGGGCUGAGUUUUGGAGUUGAUUCACUUACUCUAUUAGAAGGAACUCUGCUACUUGAAGAAUUGCUGCAGUCUAAGGAGCACGUACGCAAACAAUUUGAUGCCUUAUUCCCAGCACUGUGUGAUAAUUAUCCCGUUAUAUUUCAACAAGAGCUAUACAGUUGGGAUAAGUUUCUAUGGGCUUGUGAACUGUGGUACUCCAACAGCAUGAAAGUGGUUUUUGCUGAUGGAAAAUUGAGAACCUGCUUGGUUCCUGUUGCUGGGUUCCUGAAUCACUCUCUUUGCCCACACAUACUUCACUAUGGUAGAGUUGACCCAGCAUCCAAGUCCCUGAAAUUCCCUGUAUCAAGGCCAUGUGAAGCAGGAGACCAAUGCUACCUUAGCUAUGGAAGCUUUCCUGCUUCACAUCUUAUUAUAUUUUAUGGUUUUCUUCCAAAAGGAGACAAUCCUUAUGAUGUCAUCCCUUUAGACUUUGAUGCCCCUGAUGCUGAGGACGGAGGCAACCAGCUACCGACCGGUGAAAAUGUUAGUGCAACACAUCUGGUUCGUGGGACUUGGCUAUCGAAAGUUGACGAGGCUCAUGCAUAUGGAUUGGCUCCAAAAUUGUUAGCUCAUCUGCGUGCUUUGCUGAAAGCUGAUUGUGCUGGACUUCCUCCUCGUACUCCAGAAGAUGGAGUAGACAAAGAUGUCGAAAGAAAUGUGCUCGAGAUGAUUCUUUCUAUUUUUGAGCCAAUGUUGGAAGGAAUAUGCGAUUCUGAUAACUUCGAGAGGAACAACUCUAGUUGGGAUGUGAAGCUAUCAUUAGACUACAAGGAUCUACAGAGAAGGAUUAUAUCUUCCAUCAUAACAUCUUGUAAUUGUGGCCUGCAAAUGUCGGAGGACAUGUGAUCACAGGACUUGGUCAAUAAAGAACUGAUGUGGAUCAUAGAGAAGUGCCCAACGUUGCUGCAGCACUCUGGUAAAUCCAAGCAGAUUGUGAACAUGGCACUAAAGGCUGGUUAGUUAAAAUACGUGAUUUAUUUAUUUUUUAUCUAUACUAAUGGCAUGAUCGAAAGCAAGGUUCGAAGUCUCA